AAUCCCCGCAAAACCUUUCAAAAGUUAAAAACCCCAGCACUCUCUCUUCCCGGCGAGAGAGUGAGAGAGGGAUGGAAUUCGACAACUGGGAUUUGAGCGCGGAAGAUCUCGAUUCUCUUGAGAAAGACGCUCUUAGAAAGAUCUCAGAGCGGAAAUCCUCUUCUUCUUCCGCCUCCGUCAGCUCCCCUCCUCCAAUUCCAGCCAAGAAUCCCCCUUUCACGAAUCUCGAUCGCUUUCCCGUCAAAACUGCCCUAGAAACACGCUUCAGUAAGGUGGAAGCUACGCCUCAUUGUGUGCAACCCAACUCAGAUGCACGGAGAGAAUCUGAGAGCAGUAAUGUAAAUGACCUUCCAAAGCUCUCCAUCAGGCUUUUUCUCCAUGCAAGUGGAAACAUUGCUGCAAAGUUUACUUACCAUCAAAUACUGGUAGGGGCAUUCCACAAGAUCCCCAAAGCUAGUUGGCAUGCGAAAGAAAGAUUAUGGAUGUUCCCUGCUUCUUCUUUGCAAUCAGCGGAAAAAGUUUUCGAUGAGAUUGUUGGUGUGAAUGUUGAGGUACAGAAGUUAGAUCCUUUGGUAAAAUCUGCUCUCACUGCUGCUUCCUUUGUUCCAGAUCUUCGAGAUUUAUAUGAUAGGAUGCCAAGAUUUAUUGAAUCAAAGCUCCUAUCAUUUCAAAGAGAUGGAGUCAGGUUUGUGUUGCAGCAUGGAGGAAGGGCUCUCUUAGCAGAUGAGAUGGGUCUUGGGAAGACUUUACAGGCAAUUGCUGUUGCUGCAUGUGUUCGUCAGUCUUGGCCCGUUCUUGUUCUCACCCCAUCUUCCUUGCGCUUACAUUGGGCUUCUAUGAUUCAACAAUGGCUGAAUCUUUCUUCAACUGAUAUACUGGUGGUUUUAUCCCAGGGGGGAGGGUCAAACAGGGGAGGAUUCAGAAUAGUAUACUCAAAUGCUAAGGAUUCUAUUAAUCUCGAUGGCGAAUUCAACAUUUUAUCUUAUGAUGUUGUACCUAAAUUACAACAUGUGCUUUUGGCUUCAGAUUUCAAGAUUGUGAUUGCAGAUGAGUCACACUUCUUGAAGAAUCCUCAAGCAAAGAGGACAACUGCUUCCCUUCCAGUUCUAAAGAAAGCUCAAUAUGUUAUUCUGCUGACUGGGACUCCUGCUUUAUCACGACCAAUUGAGAUAUUCAAACAGUUGGAAGCCUUGUAUCCUGAUGUAUACAAAAAUGUUCACGAGUAUGGAAACCGAUAUUGCAAGGGUGGUGUCUUUGGCAUUUACCAAGGUGCUAGCAACCAUGAGGAGCUGCACAAUUUGAUGAAAGCAACUGUGAUGAUUCGCAGACUUAAGAAAGAUGUUCUUUCUGAGCUUCCUGUAAAGCGCAGACAGCAGGUCUUUCUUGAUUUGGAUGAGAAAGAUAUGAAACAAAUUCGUGUUCUUUUUCGAGAGUUGGAGCUCAUAAAAAGCAGUAUCAAGGCCUGCCAAUCCAAAGAGGAAGUUGAAUCACUCAAGUUUUCUGAAAAAAAUCUUAUCAACAAGAUCUAUAAUGAUUCUUCUGAAGCCAAGAUUCCUGCAGUUCUAGACUACUUGGGAACUGUCAUUGAGGCAGGUUGCAAGUUCCUAAUAUUUGCACAUCACCAGUCUAUGAUCAACUCAAUACACCAGUUUCUUCUUAAAAAGAAAGUGGGUUGUAUUCGAAUUGAUGGUACUACUCCGUCAUCAUCAAGGCAAGCCUUAGUUUCAGAUUUUCAGGAGAGAGAGAAUAUAAGGGCAGCAGUGCUCUCUAUUAAAGCCGGAGGAGUUGGAUUAACUUUAACAGCGGCAAGCACAGUCAUCUUUGCCGAGUUGUCUUGGACUCCUGGUGAUAUAAUUCAAGCAGAAGACCGUGCUCAUCGUAUUGGCCAGGUAUCAUCUGUUAACAUAUACUACCUGCUUGCCAAUGACACAGUUGACGACAUAAUCUGGGAUGUUGUUCAGAGCAAGUUGGAAAAUUUGGGCCAGAUGCUUGAUGGCCAUGAUAACACCUUGGAAGUUGCUGUCAACAAAACAAGCAGAAGCCCUGCAAAGCAGCUAGCCCGUAACUCUUUAGCUGCUGUCAACCAAACAAGUAGAAGCCCUGCAAAGCAGCCAACCCUCGACUCUUUCUUGAAACCUUGUCAUGGUACCCAAACAAGUAGAAGCCCUGCAAAGCAGCUAACCCUCGACUCUUUCUUGAAACCUUGUCAUGGUACCAUAGAUAAAGAAAUGCUUGAUGGCCAUGAAAACACCUUGGAAAUUGAUGUCGGCCAAACAAGAAGCAGUCCUGCAAAGCAGCUAACCCCCAACUCUUUCUUGAAACGUUGUCAUGGUACUAUAGAUAAAGAAGCAGGUGAUCAUGGAAAACCAAAAAAUCCCAGAAACUAAGGCAUGUAAGUGUACAAUGUAUAAUAGUAAUAUAAACAACGUUUCUGUUUUUGUAUAUCAGAUUCCUGGGAGGUACCGUAAUUUUGAAAUGGGGGCCAAAUCCCUUCGAAAAUGAUCUAAACAAUGGUACAUCCCCACAUGUAAUAUGUUAUCUGCCAACGGUUACCGUCUUUUAUGGGAGAUGUGUAUGUUUGGUUUCUCAAA